GUUCGACAGCAUUGUCGAGGAGCCAGAGAAGCAAGAGCUGGAAAAGAGAGACUACUACUUCGAUCAGAAAGGCGUGCCACAGAAGUUCGACGCCAAGCCGCAGAAAAGUGGCACAGAUGCGGAUGUGGCACAGGUUCUGCAGAAGGGCUUCCUCGAGAAUGCCAAGAAAGCCUUGUAUCCGAAAGGGUCCGAGCAGGCGCCCGCUGCGCCGAAGGCAAGCAAACUCGAGGACAUCGAGCAGCUGGCGAAGCUCAGUGAAGGGGAGCUGAUGGAGAGGAUAGCAGACAUGUCGCCGGACGAAAAGUCCAUGAUGGAUGACCUGCGAUCCUUGAUUGAGAACAAGGUGACAGCAGCUACAGCGUCUCCGAGUGAGCCAUCCAGGCCAAAGGAGCCGGAACGACAGGCAGCAGACCACACCCUCACGGAGGGGGAGGGAUCUCUGCUGCUGGCCAUCUCUGUUCCUGAGUUGGAGUCGAUGAAGGGCGUGGACCUGGACGUGACGAAGGAGGCCGCAACCGUCGUCUUCCCAGCAUCGGCAAACCUGCGACCUCUGCAG